AUGUGGAGACCUUCUCAGCUCUGCCACUUCCACUCGGCCCUGCUGCAGGCCAGGCCGAAGCCCUGGCCAUGCCCCACUGCCUUCUUCAGGAGAAACCUCGGGGCACCGCCUGCAAGGCCCUCGAGACCGCAGACCCUGUGGAAGAAGGCACUCUCCGCCACAGUGCUGGGGGUGCCCCUGCUCCUCGGGGCGAGGUACCUCAUGGCUGAGCCACAGGAGAGGAGGCGGAUGCGGCUCGUGGUGGACGGUAUCGGGCGCUUCAGCAGGUCUUUGAGGGUCGGCCUGCAGAUCUCCCUGGACUACUGGUGGUGCACAAAUGUCGUCCUGCGAGGGGUGGAGGAGAACAGCCCGGGGUACUUGGAGGUGAUGUCUGCAUGUCACCAGCGGGCGGCUGACGCCCUGGUGGCUGGGGCCAUCAGCAACGGGGGCCUCUACGUGAAGCUGGGCCAGGGGCUGUGCUCCUUCAACCACCUGCUGCCCCCCGAGUACAUCAAGACGCUGCGGGUGCUGGAGGACAGGGCUCUCACGCGGGGCUUCCGGGAGGUGGACGAGCUGUUCCUCGAAGACUUCCGGGCCCCGCCCCACGAGCUCUUCCAGGAGUUUGACUACCAGCCCAUCGCGGCGGCGAGCCUGGCCCAGGUGCACCGCGCCAGGCUGCACGACGGCACCGUGGUGGCCGUGAAGGUGCAGUACAUCGACCUGCGGGACCGCUUCGACGGCGACAUCCACACCCUGGAGCUCCUGCUGCAGCUCGUUGAGCUCAUGCACCCCAGCUUCGGCUUCAGCUGGGUCCUCCAGGACCUGAAGGGGACCCUGGCCCAGGAGCUGGACUUUGAGAACGAGGGCCGCAAUGCCGAGCGCUGUGCACGGGAGCUGCAGCACUUCCACUAUGUUGUGGUGCCGCGCGUACACUGGGACGUGUCCAGCAAGCGCGUGCUGACGGCGGAAUUCUGUGAGGGCUGCAAGGUCAACGACGUGGAGGCCAUCAAGACGAUGGGGCUGGCAGUGCGGGAUAUAGCAGAGAAACUGAUCAAGGCCUUUGCCGAGCAGAUAUUUUACACAGGCUUCGUCCACUCUGACCCCCACCCUGGCAAUGUCCUGGUGCGGAAAGGCCCCGAUGGGAAGGGACAGCUGGUGCUGCUGGACCACGGGCUGUACCAGUUCCUGGAUGAGAAGGAUCGGUCAGCCCUGUGCCAGCUGUGGCGGGCCGUCAUUCUGAGGGACGAGGCUGCCAUGAAGGCGCACGCAGCUGAGCUCGGGGUGCAAGACUACUUGCUGUUCUCCGAGGUGCUCAUGCAGCGGCCCGUGCGCCUGGGCCAGCUGUGGCGCUCACGCCUGCUGAGCCGUGAGGAGGCGGCCUACAUGCAGGACAUGGCGCGGGAGCACUUCGAGGACGUCAUGGCCGUGCUCAAGGCCCUGCCGCGGUCUAUGCUGCUCGUGCUGCGCAACCUCAACACCGUGCGUGCCAUCAACGCCGCCCUGGGCGCCCCAGUGGACCGCCACUUCCUCAUGGCCAAGAGCGCAGUCCGGGGCUGGAGCCGCCUGGCGGGCGCCACGUGCCAGAACACCUAUGGCGCCAGCCUCCUGCGCCACAUCAGGGUCAUCUGGGAGUCGUUCAAGUUUGAAGUGGCCCUGAGGCUGGAGACCCUGUCAAUGCGGAUCACUGCCCUCCUGGUCCGAGUCCUGGUCCACCUGGGCCUCGUGCCCAAGACCAAGGGGCUGUACGAGUACCUGGAGACCUAGGGAGCCCCGGCAGGAGGACCACAGAGCUCGCCCCACCGCAGGCUGAGGGGCCGGCCAGGGCCAAG